AUGGCGUCCAGCCCUACGAGUGCUUCGGCCUCCUCUCUCAGCAAUCCUUUUGUUGCUACCGAUCCCACCCCACUCGCCGCUGCUUCGGUCCAGCUUGUCAACAUCCGGGCACACGUGCCCAUCGUGCUCGAGCUGGAUGAUGCCAACUACAACUCCUGGCGUACCUUCUUCGAGAUGACCCUCCGCAAGUUCGGUCUCCUCGACCAUGUCGACGGCACCGUCGACGCACGCCUUCGUCUUCUUGAUGCCGAAUGGACUCAGAUCGAUUAUGCGAUCGUUUCCUGGCUGUACACCUCGGUGUCCAAGGCAGUCAUGGAUGUUAUGGUCCAUCCUUCCCCGACAGCGUUCUCUCUCUGGACUGCAAUCCGCGGGCUCUUCCGCGACAACUCCAUGCAACGCGCGGUCUACGCUCUUCAGGAGUUCCACAGCCUCUACCAAGGCGACAUGACGAUCACCGAAUACUUCACGAAGCUAAAGACCCUCGCCGACACGCUCAACGACGUCGGGCAUCCGAUCUCCGAUCAGGCUCUCGUCAUCAACGCGCUUCGCGGCCUGAGCUCUAAGUUCAGUCACGCCAUCGGCGUCCUCACCUCCAAGCUUCCUCCACCGACGUUCUUGUACACUCGCUCAUAUUUGCUGCAGGACGAAACUCGCCAGGUGCACACGGCCAAGAUGGAGGCUGCGACAGCCUUGCUUGCCGCCGGGUCUGCUUCCGCGGCGUUAUCCACGGGCGCUGCUCCCACCCCGACGACGCCAUCAUUCACGCCUUCGAAGACCAAUCACACUCCAUCCAAGAAGAAGCGGAAACAAUCCGACGUCCGUAUCCGCGGUCCGCAUGGUGGCAUUUCGUCAUCGACUCCAGCCGCGUCUCAGGUGCCUUGGGCCCUCGCCUACAAUCCAUGGACGGGCGUGGUCCAAGCUUGGCCACUGCCACAAUGGCGAUCGGCCGGCUCAUGGAUUCUCGGCACCCGCCCGGGCGUUCCGGCGCACAGUGCCAUGAUGGCCUCGACCCCACUGUUCGUCUUCAACAACCCCGCAAGUUUCGGCCCCAUGCAACCAUCCCCGUCAGUUCCAUCUAGUCUUCUCAACGCCUUCCAACACAUGCCGCCGCCGGGCUCUGACUGGGUUCUCGACAUCGGCGCCUCCGCUCACAUGGCUUCUAAUCCUGGUAUUCUCACCUCCACCUCUCCGGCUCCUGUUUCUUCUCAUAUUAUUGUCGGAAACGGCGCCGUUCUCCCGAUUGCUCUUCUGAGCUUUGGCAUGCCCGGCUUGGACAUCCCGGUGGCGCCUCCAUGCAGCGUGCUCUUCACGACGCGGGUUUCUCUUUCCACAAGACAGAACUUCAUUCCUGCCACGCUUGUCGUUUAG